GGGACAUCACAGCCACAGACUGCUGUUAGAUGAAGACAAGUAGCUUUCAGCAAGGCAGUCACCCAGCUCAGUCACAGCGAAGCCCUUGACUGCAGACAGCUCUGUAGGAACACUGGAAGUGGUUCUGGUUGGAUCCUGAUUAUCCACAACAUGCGGACCCCAUCACCGAUGAUCAUCGGGAUUAUCAGUGCUCCUGUUGGGCUGGUCCUGGUGUUUGUGGCUGUGUUAACCCCACAGUGGCGCCAGGGGUCUAUUAACCUGGGGAAAAACAUAGCCAUGAAGUCUGAUGGUCUGUGGGAAUCAUGCCUAGAACUGCAGGACACUAAACAGUGCUGGCCAGUGACCACAGUGUAUCAGAGGGAUGAAAUUGUGCAGUGGUCCAGGGCCCUCAUGCUGAGCUCCCUCCUGGUGUGUGGAAUGGGAAUCAUCGUGGCCAGUGUUGGGAUACGUUGCUGGAUGGACUUCCCCCUUCGUAAUGUAGCUGGAGCUAGUGGAGUUGUCAUUAUCUUGGCUGGAUCUUUGUGUAUCACCCCACUAACUCUCUACAUGACUUUCAUGCAGGAAAUCAGCCCUGACACCCACACCCGCUACCAAAGUGGGAGCUCCCUAUACUUUGGCUGGGCUGGAAGCUGCAUUGAGAUCUUUGGAGGAAUAGCCCUCGCUCUGAGCUUCACCUGCCCAACAUUUGAGAGAUGUAGAGAGUCAGGACAAAACGCCAAAAGACCCUAUGAGGUUGAUUACUAGAUCAAAUCAUUGGGCACCAGCUUGCCUUGUUCAUUUCUAAUAUGCUACUAUAGAUUAAGGCAUGUAUUAAAUGUUAAAUCCCAACUGUGUGUGGCAUUAUCAUUAAACUAAGAGCAUUAG